UUCUCACGCGUUGCGGGGUGCAGGGGUGAUAUGAGUCUCGCGUGGGUGACGCGUGGGAGACACGUGGCAUGUCACGUGACUACGUCGGAAUGUCGUAUGACGCGCUCGAGCUGACCACCAGAUCCACAUCCUGCAUCUCUCUCGCCCCCCUCCUUGUCCACUUCCUGUCCAUCUCGCGACCCGAACUCACACCUAAUGGCCACGACAGACCCGCUCGCAGCCCUAGGACACGACAUCUUUGUCGACGUGCUCUCGGACCUCGGCCCGCGCGACCUCGUCCACGCAGAGCAGGUAUCCCGCGCGUGGGCCGACGCGGCGGACAAGCACGCAGUGGCGCUCUGGCGCGCGGCAUGCUACGCCGACGACGUCGAGCCCGCUCUCCUGUCCAGUUGCGAGCGGUACACGGCCGGUGCGGCGUGGCUGACCGACCGGGACGAGGUCAAUGCCCGCCUCAACCCCUAUGCCUUGCUGCGGCGCGAGACGGAGGGCGAGGGGGGUCAAGGCGCUGAGCGGAAGCGGCACGUCAACUGGCGCUAUCUUUGCAAAUCCCACGCCGAGCUCGAAUCUUCAUGGAAGCGCGCUCGCUCCCGAGUACGCUGGCUGACGCCACCCACCAACGCCGUGUGGCGCAUCAAGUCGCUUCUCGACGAGAAUGUCUUGCUUUGCACGUCGCGGACCGAGGCGUUUGGUCUCGUCGCCAUCGACCGCAGCACGUCGCAGCUACUGUUCUCGAUCAAUGGCGUUGCGUCGUGGACCCACCUUGAAGCGGGGCGCGGGUUUGCCGUGUUCGACCGCGCAGAGAUCGAGUCAGACGAUGACGAUGUCGCCGCCGCGACGAGUGUCGACUCGGUGUUCGAGGUCUGGCGCAACAACAAUGCCCGGUCACGCCCUGGCGCGCUACCCGCGUCCGGCUCGUCACCAAUAGCCCACACGGCCGAGUCGCACUACAUCUGGGGCAACGACCUGUCCCCGCCGGGCGAGUACAAGCCGGGCGACGCGAGUGUGCCCCUCCCACCUGGGCACAUGGAGUUCUACCGCAUCCUCUCGCCCCCCGUGCGUUGCCUGGCGUUCAGGCUGCACGUCGACGACGCAGACGGGCCGCUGCCGCGUGCCGUGCUCGCUGCAUGUGGCUUGCCGGCGCUGUACAUCUGGCAUUUGGAGGAGGAGAGGCCUAUGCAGGUCAUCAAGCGCACCGGCGCGGACAGGGGAAGAGUCAACGUGAGUGUCAAGGUCACUGGUGGUGCUGACGCCGAUGGACAGUAUAUUGAGCUCGACGACCACCACAUCUUCGUGUGCCACGGCCGCCAGAUGCACGUCUACUCGCGCGCGACCGGCCUCCAGGUGGUCUCGUUCCCGCAGGUUGGAGUGCCCGCCCGCGACGCCGCAGCAGUGGCAUUCCCGCUGCGCAUCGCAGAAGACUUCAAGGCCAUCCCCGACGAGGAGCGGCAGCGCCAGGAACAGGAAAUGGUGUACGGGUGUGGCGUCCCCGCGCUCAUCGGCCGCGCCAACGUCGUCGGCGCGGUGCGCGGCGAGCCUGGCUUCGACGCGGCGAUCGCGCUCGGCAUCGCGAGACAUCCUAUUCGUAUUCGGCCCGACCAGGAAGUGGACGUCGACUAUGAGUUUACCGCGUGCCACUUCACGUCGUCUGACCUCGUCUGCGCGACCAAGACUGGGGCCGUGUUCGUUGUCCGGCGCUACACCGACGUGCUCAACCAGUCGGUCACGCUGCCCGAGGAGGAGCGCGCGGCGUUCAUUGCACUCAACACGUUUGUAAUUGGCAUGGCCACACCGCUCAAGUGGCUCACAACUUAUCGCGACCGCAUAGCGAUUGUCACGCAAUUCAACGUCGUCGUCAUGGACGGCAAGCAAUUCCCCGACAUGCCCCGCGGCCCCACGCCUGCCCCGGUACCAGGCCUCGCCUCGUCCCGCCCCAAGCUCCAGGCGCAUGUGUUGCUGGGCAACCACCCGCAGGCGGUCAAGAUGGCGUCGUGCGUCCAGAUGGACUACAGGAGCCUAUACCUCACGUACUGGGCGCUCGGCGAGUUUGAGGGCGCGAGACACAUGCCAGACGAGCAGGCUGUGCCGACAUUCCCGCCGCCUGACGCGUUGGCCGAGUUUGGGAUGUGCGUCAAGGUUUGGAGCUUUGGGCCGGAGUAGAGGGAGUCCGGUAUUGGCGAGGUGGGGAUAGGGGGACCACUCGGCCGGCAUGCAACAACGUGCAUCGGACACGACUGUAAGCGACGAGCGCUGCUCGCAGACGUUAGUAAUAACAACCAUGAGCGAAGAGGGAGGAGAUGUGACGUGCUGCAAGCG